AUGGACACUAUCGUCCGAGUCCGCGGCGUGCGGUCAAACGUCCAACGAGUCACCCACCGCUUUGCCAGAGAGCCUAGACUUAGAAGAGGACAGAGGGGCGCCUGCGCGUGCUUGAUGGUCUUGAGUUGGUUCAUGUUUGGGGGCGCCGCCGCAUGGCAAUCCAGGCACCCACUCACGUCGCUUGACUCCCUGAAGGACCUUGUGGAUUGUGGGUUGUACUUGUUGCCACCCACCGCAAGCUUCAUCACCUAUUUGCUGCCAGAGCCCCCAGCUGCGCCCGGCUGGAGGAAGCAUGGCGCCGUUUAUUGUCUCCCAGCCAAGCUGGAGGUGAAGCCUCUAGGGUGCGGCAUCCUUCCGUCGGUAUUGCGAGAAUGCGAUCCGCGGCGCGAACAUCCCGCUGGUAAACGCCGAGCGAUGAGCAACCAAGCCGAGAUAGCACUCUCGUGGUCGAGAACGAGACGGGCAUGUCCCACAAAAAUCUGGCGGGGGUUGAGGGCCGAAUCGCCCGCGUGA